ACCGUUAACGGCUUGGCGCCACCAAUUUUCUCGUACUUUCUUACUAAAGCUCUACGUAUUACCCACAGGAACGCCGCCGUAGGAUCACCAACCGACCACUCCCCACACCCGGGCCCCAGUCCCCUCCAAAAAUCUCCUUAUUUCACUACGGAAAUUGCAAAAGCUGCUACAUGAUCUCUACAUUCUAAUCGAUGGCCACUCUUCAAUCCCACCUUUUCUGUUCGCAUGAACUUCUUCAUUUCAAGAACCCCAAAUCAUUUUCAUUCUCCAAGAAACUCUUGCUCCCCAAGAAACUAUUUUUGUCCAAGAGGGUUUUGAAUUCAAGAGUUUCUGGGUAUUACAAAACCAGCAGCAGCGGUAAUAGUAGUAGUACUGAGAUUUAUGAGUCCGUUUUAAGUGAAAAGAGAGAGGAGUAUGAGAAUGAGAGGCCUCCAUUUGAUAUCAAUUUGGCAGUCAUUCUUGCUGGUUUUGCAUUUGAGGCCUACAAUACCCCUCCUGAAACUGUCAGCAAGCGCAAGAUUGAUGCAGCAAAUUGUCGGACGGUGUUUCUUUCGCAGUCAUUUGUUCAUGAAAUUUAUGAUGGCCAGUUGUUCAUAAAGUUAAAGAAAGGUUUUAAUUUUCCUGCUAUGGAUCCAUGGGGAACGAGUGAUCCUUACGUGGUCAUGCAAUUAGAUUGUCAAGUGGUCAAAAGCAAGGUCAAAUGGGGGACAAAAGAACCCACAUGGAACGAGGAGUUUAGUUUAAAUAUCAAGCAACCACCAGAACAGAAUCUUCAGGUUGUAGCAAAUUGUUAUGGAGCUUUCUUUUAUGAUCAAACUAAUCUGGUUGCAGCUUGGGAUGCAAAUGUUGUGACUCCACACAAGCGCAUGGGAAAUACUGCCGUAUACUUGGAAAACCUCUGUGAUGGAAAUCCACAUGAAGUGCUGCUUGAUCUAGAAGGGAUGGGAGGUGGUGGGAAGAUACAGCUAGAGAUUAAGUACAAGAGUUUUGAGAUAAUUGACAAGGAAAAGAAGUGGUGGAGGAUCCCUUUUGUGACAGAGUUCCUUGAAAAAAAGGCCCUUGAACCUGCACUGAAGAUGAUUGUUGGGUCAGAAACUGUGCAAGCACGCCAGUUUGUGCAGUUUGCUUUUGGGCAGAUAAUGUCGUUUAAUGAUUCAUAUCUUCAGAAGGAUUGGUUUUCUGAUGAUAUAGAUGAGACCAAGAUGGAGAAUAAUUCAGAGGGCUCUUCAAAUGAGACGAGCCAAAAGGAAGAAAACGUUAGGUCUAAGCCCAACCCAACUAGUAAUUCAACCGCUGAUUUAUUUAACUCCUCUCCAGUAAGUCAAGUUGACAAGGCUUCACAGUCUGAUAAACAUUUUUGGAAGAAGUUAGCUGAUUGGGUCAAUCGAAAUGUUAUCCAUGGUCGCCCUGCUCCUGAGAAAAUAAAGUGGGAUAGAUUUGAGUUGCUAAAUAGUAUUGGCUUGCACUUGCGUAAAAUUGCAGAGGCAGGCUAUGUCGAGUCUGGGCUUGCAACUCCAGAUAAUCAGGAGGCGGCUAAUGGCAAUGUAUCAUCUGGUCUAAUAUCCAAUAACAGUAUUCAGACAUUUUUACCGGACAUUAAGAAAGCAACACAAGAUAUAUUACGACAAACUGAUUCCAUAUUAGGAACGUUGAUGGUUUUAAAUGCUGCAGUUUCUAAAUUAAACAAAGGUGCAGGCCUUAAAGGACAGAGUGAGACCAAUGAAGAUGCUUUGCAAGUGCAAAAGGAUGUUUCGAUAUCUACUGAGAGUAAAAAAUUAACAAGUACUCCAAAUGGAUUAGUGUUAGAUGAGGGGAAAGCUGAGGAGAUGAGGGCACUCUUCUCAACAGCAGAAAGUGCCAUGGAGGCUUGGGCAAUGCUAGCGAAUGCUGUGGGCCAUCCAACAUUUAUCAGAUCUGAAUUCGAAAAGAUCAGUUUCUUGGAUAAUGCUUCCACCGACACUCAGGUGUCACUUUGGCGUGAUCCUGAAAGGAGAAGACUUGUUGUUGCUUUUAGGGGAACUGAACAGUCUAGAUGGAAGGAUCUACGGACAGAUUUGAUGCUUGUUCCUGCCGGACUAAAUCCUGAAAGGAUAGGCGGUGAUUUUAAGCAAGAAGUUCAGGUUCACAGUGGUUUUUUGAGUGCAUAUGAUUCAGUACGGACUAGGCUUAUCUUGCUCAUUAAGCAGGCUGUUGGUUACAGAGAUGAUUUGCUGGAGCUUCUUCCCAAAUGGCAUAUUUGCGUGACUGGUCAUAGUUUGGGCGGUGCAUUAGCUACCCUUCUGGCACUCGAACUCUCAUCAAGUCAAUUAGCAAAGGUGGAGUAAGAUGAUCCAAGUAACUGACUCCAGAUAAGUAUCAGAGAAAUCUUACGAAGUUAAGUUAUAGAAUAUAUUUCCUUUGCAAAUAUAAGCAAAUAACUAGAAUUAGUUCCUUUAAGAUAUUUGCUAUUGUCAAAGUAAUUGUAAUUGGUAUUAGGCUUCCCUUAAGUUUCAAAGAUGCCAUUUUUCAUCCUCUGUUUUGGACACUUAGAGAGUACAAAUUCUCCCAUGUUUUUGUUGGAUAUUUCCGUUUUUUAAAAGUUAAGAUGUUUCCUAUUCACACACUGGACUAGACUGUGGAGCAAUGUCUAAUUGUUUCUUGAAGUUACACUUUUCCAAUACUAGGUCAAUUGAAAUAUAUUACCUUUUCCAUUAAUGUUAACGAAUGCAGCAAAAAUAUUCUAUCAAUAUCAUGAAUCUUUCCAUGGAAAAUAAUAAAGGAAUAACCCUAGUCUAAUUAGAGAUCUGAUAUCUAGGAGUUGUAUGAAAACGGCUAAGUGUGCAUCUAGUAAAUUUGACAAUAGUACAUGACUAUUUGUAGAAGGAGUGGGAUAAUUAAUUUGCUAUAAUAAUUCCCAUAUCUCCGAUAUUCCUCCUUAAGCAAAUACUAAAUAUUUUGCAUUCAUAACUUGUUCAUGAUUUGAUAAAAUGUUGAACUAGGAAGACCCUUGGUAAGUACAUUGGCCAAGAGUUUAAAAGAAGACACAUAGGGCAUGCUCACUUAUCUGUUUCAAGAUUUUCUUUAAUGAACAGUAGAUUAAUCUCGACAUGCUUCAUGCAAUCAUAGAUAGGGUACCUAAAGUUUUAAUCUCCACCUUCUUUACUCAGUAUCCAUUGUGAACAAGGCUUAGUUUGUUAUUGCUUUAAUCUCCAUUUAAUCAUCUCUAAUCUCUCUAUUAUCGAGUAGAUACCUUACCUUGAAGAAAAUGUUUUAGAAAGAAAGAUAUCAAAGACUAGUAGGGAAGUUGAUCUAUCCGACGCAUAUGAUGCCUGACUUGUCUUGUGCAGUAAGUACUGUGAGUCAAGUUAUGCAUAAUUCUAGUGCUUGCAAAUGCAACGGUAAAUCAUAUCUUGGCAUAUUUAAAAUUCUCUUUAGGCAAUUCUAAACCUUGGCAUCUAAAUAUUGUAAGCUAUAUAGAUUCUGACUUUACUGGAACAAGAUUGGAUAGGAAGUCUACAUCAGGAUAUGUAUCAUUUGUUGAAGGCAAUCUGGUAACUUGGAGGAGAAAGAAACAAAUUGUGGUGUCGUUAUUUAAUACCAAUGCUGAAUAUCGUGCUCUUCAUCAUGCAACACUGAACUUACAUAGCUGAAAAUUCUUCUUAGUGAUGCACAUUGAGCUUGACAAGAACUAUGUCAAGGAUAACCUCAUCUCUGGAAAUAUUGAGGUUCCAUACAGUAUGAGUGUAGAUUCACUGGCUGAAAUAAUGACAUAGCAGCUGCUAAUGGUCCGAUCUAUAUGUUGCUAUCCAAUUUGGGCAUGUGUGAUAUCUGUACGCCAACUUGAGGGUGAGAGUUAGAGUAUACAAUUGACUUGUAAGGGCCAAAAUAGAAGCUUUAGAAUAGUAAGGGGCUAAGGUAGGAAUUAUAUUCUUUCUUAUCUCUUAUAGUAUAUACAUCAUUCUGAAGAAAUGUAAUUUUUUUUUUUUUUUUUCCCCAUUUAAAGCCUAGCAUGUGCACAAUUUAUUUAUAUGUGUGACAGUGAGACUUCAACCCGGGACCUUUCUUGCUCUGAUAUCAUCCUUAAUCACUUGAUUAAAAGCUUAAGCUUUUAGAUAGGGUUACAUAUCUAUACUUUAAAUUAUCCUCUACACUUACCUUGAAGAAAAUGUUCUAGCAACAAAUCAGUCUCACUUUCGUAGUACCUAUUUUCGUUUACUGCUAUCUUUGUCACUAAACCGACUUUCCCCCUGGGGAUAGAUGUUGUCAAAAGAUGAUUGAUAUUUGACAAAGGAUACAUCAGUGGUGACAUUUUCUCACAGUUUGUGGAUGACAACAAUGUAUCUCUUUUGUGGUAGAAUAACUUUGGAAAUUGCAAUGAAGAGCCAUAGUGAUGCGGACAUCCAUUUAUUAUUUAUUUUCUAUUUGGACUCUUAGUCAUAUUUUAUUUGGACUAUUGUUUAUAUUUUCGUUAUUGGGCUUGUUUAGUGGGUUUGGCCCAAACCCUUCUCUUUAGGGUUUGUGUUCUGUUAUUUAUUUCUGUUUUGUUUCUCAUUUGAGACAGUUAAUGAUGAAUUAGAAUUGAAAUAUUUUUGGUGGCUUGCAGCCGUUUUCUCCCUCCCCUCUCUUCCCCUGGUUUCUUCUCCUCUUCUCCCUUCUCUUUAUUUCUCCUCCCCGUUCCUUCUUCUUUCUUUCUUAUUCAUCCUACAUCAAAUUUGGUAUCAGAGCCGAACCAUGGGUAAUUUCUUUUCUUUAAUCCAAAAUUUAUUCAUAUUUCCUUCCCAAAAUCUGUUGGAACAGCACGAACUAAAAGAAUAUUUGGUACAGGCAACAGUUUUUUUCUUCUUCUUCAAUUUUCAGUCUUAGUUGAAAAAAAAAAAUACUACUGUUCAUCGCGGUACUGUUCACACAGAAUUUCAGUUUAGUAUUUUGGUCAGUUUCUUUAA